UUAGAAGUGCCUAAAGGUGCCGGUGCUCUGGUGCUGCAGCAGGUUUCCUUCCCUGGAGGCACUCACCUGAUCCCUGCAGGAAUGGGCCUGGGGCUCAGGGCUUCUCCACCAGUUGUGAUCCUGCUCCUGUCCCUGCUGGGUCUGGCUGCUGCUGGGAAGCUCCUGGUGGUGCCGGUGGAUGGGAGCCACUGGCUCAGCAUGCGGGAAGUGCUGGACAUCCUGACGCAGAGGGGACACGAGGUGGUCGUGGUGGCACCUGAAGUCUCCUUGCACAUCAAACCAUCAAAGACCUUUGUGAUGAAAACGUACCCAGUGCCUUUCACAAAGGAAGAGAUGGAUGAAGUUUUCAAAGGGUCAAUCACGGAUUUAUUUAUAGAAGGAUCUUUUCUGGAAAGAGUUAUUAGGCAGUAUCAACACGCAAAGAAGACCUCAGCUAUGUUCCUGGCCACCUGCACACACUUAAUCCACAACAAGGAGCUCAUCAGGUACCUCGAGGAGAGCAAGUUCGAUGCUGUCUUCACAGACCCUUUCCUACCCUGUGGGGCAAUCCUUGCAGACUAUCUUUCCCUGCCUUCCGUGUAUUUCCUGCUUCAAAUUCCAUGUGGUUUGGAAUAUCAAGCCACCCAGUGCCCCAAACCCCCUUCCUACGUCCCAAGAGUAUUUACAGACCUCACAGACCGCAUGACCUUUCUUCAGAGGGUGAAGAACAUGCUCUAUGACAUCCCAAAUCUUUUCCUCUGCGAUAUUGUCUUCCAACCUUAUGCAGAACUGGCUUCAGAAUUCCUCAAGCGGGAGGUGACCGUGCCGGAUCUCCUGCGCCAGGCUUCCAUUUGGCUCAUGAAGCUGGACUUUGUCUUGCACUUCCCAAAACCCUUGAUGCCCAACAUGGUUUUGAUUAGCGGAGUAAAUUGUGCUUACAAGAAGCUAAAUCAGGUGGGUCAUGCUCUGCUUUCUCUUGUUCUUGUGGGCUUUGGAAAUCUCUAG